AUGAGGACUCUAAAACUUCAGCUCGACUACGUUCUUGGGAGGAACAUUCCUCAGUCAGAUAUCCGAAAAUCCAGAACCGUUUGGAACGUCACGUUCGACUCUGACCACCGUCCAGUCCUUCUCAGCUUCAAGAUACGGUUCAACAAGAGAAACCGAGGACAUGCUCUUCAACCGAAAAUCGACGUGGCGGGUCUGAAAGGCGAAGAUUGCAGAACGAAAUUCCGCCAACGUGUGUCUAUUCAUGUUGGAGUACGGACCAGGAAAAAGCUUAGCGAUGCGGAUCCCUUCACAAAGUGCAUCCAGGACGCUGCAAAGAAAACGCUCCCGGUUCUAUUGCCGGUUUGUAUCUGCGGAAACAAAACCCACGUACAAUUCUGUAUUCUCUUUUCUUGGUUGAAGUCACCAGCGCACAGCGCUGGUGACUUCAACCAGGAAAACGUCUUACAAGGAAGACAGCUGCAACAAGACCGCGAAAACGAGUGGACGUCAAGAGCAGAGGAGUUUGAAAGGUGUAGGAGGACGAGAACCCGCGGAAAGCCUAUGCUUUACUGGAACAGUAUAGCAGCGAAUUGA